GGACUUCCUGCUUUAUCAAUGCCCUAGCAGUCCCGGUUCCGCCUCCGCCGGGAGCUGGGCCAGAAGAUGGCGGCGGCCGCGGAGCUGAAGCUGCUGGAGAAGUCUUUGGGGCUGAGACCGGGGAAUAAGUACAGCGCUCAGGGCGAGCGACAGGUUCCAGUUCUACAAACAAACAAUGGCCCAAGUCUAAUGGGAUUGGCUACCAUUGCAACUCAUCUAGUCAAGCAAGCCAAUAAAGAGCACUUGCUAGGGAGCACCGCAGAAGAGAAGGCAAUUGUUCAGCAGUGGUUAGAGUACAGGAUCACUCGAGUAGAUGGACACUCCAGUAAAGAAGAUACCCACAGCCUGUUGAAGGAUCUUAACUCCUAUCUUGAAGAUAAAGUCUACCUCGCAGGACAUAACUUUACCUUGGCGGAUAUCCUUCUGUACUACGGGCUCCACCGCUUUAUAGUUGACCUGACAGUUCAAGAAAAGGAGAAAUACCUUAAUGUGUCUCGCUGGUUUUGUCACAUUCAGCAUUACCCAGACAUCAGGCAACAUCUGUCUAGUGUUGUCUUCAUCAAGAACAAACUGUAUGCUAACUCCCACUAGCAGCCUCUGCAGUGCGGCGGCGGCGGCAGCAGCAGAGUAAUGGAAGAUAUUUUGGACCAUGGUACUAAUGUAAAUUACUAUGACAUCAUUGUUUCUUUGUUAAUGUUGGUAGACUUUUUAAAGUGUAAGCUCAAGUCUGAAUGUUUUAUUUGUCCCUUAGUUAAAGCUUUGCAGUUUUUUAAUGUAAAAAUUCAACUGUUAGCCAAACAAAUCACGAAUGUAUUACAGAUUGUCUCGUUUUUUAUAGGUGAAAUUCAUUUUAAUAAAAAUUGCAAAUCAGUGGCUCAACCUUUAAAAAACAAAGUCACCCUGUCAGUGUUUCACAUCUGCUUUUUCGUGUUUUUAAAACUCGUUUUCCUCUUAGAUAUUUAUAGUAGUUUAUUAAACGCUAUGAUAAAUUAUGCUGAGGAUUCAGAAGGGAAGACAGAUGUUUGUUUUCAAAUUAUUUAUGUGAGCUAGUAAAUGUGAUUUUAAAAAUCAACUUUUGUUUGUUUCUUUCUUUCCUGUAGUCAGUAUUUACUGAGGUGAAACUAACUACUGAGCCCCCACCGAGAGGGAGUUAGUUAAAUGAAUUCCUCUUAAGCUAAUCUGACUCCUUUCUCUUGUCAGGCAUACUGAAAGACAGACUUAGGAAACUGGGCUUCACCAUCUAUCGCUUGACAGAGAGCCAGCCAGCACUCUCGGGGUCUGCCAUUACAGUCCUGUGACGAGCCAGGACACUGGAUACUGUUAACCACAGCUCUGGACAUCCUGGAACUCUCACUAGUGUAAUAGUAAGAGGUUAUUGAGAGUUCAAGACCUUGUCUGUCCAAAUAAGAGAGCUAGAGUCAGGCAUCUCAUGGCCUUGCAUGUUCAUAACCCAGCCACAGGAUGGCUGAGUCAUUAAGGAUGGAGAUUCAAGGCCAGCCUAGACUACACAGGGAAGUGCUUGCCUAGCAUGCACAAGGUGUGUGUUCAGUCCCCAGAGCCAGGAGAAACAGAAGGGAGGGAAUCCUAGGCAGUGUGAUUCAGAGUUGCGGUGAAAGAGGAAGAAAUUUGGAAAUACUCAGCACUUUGGUUGAGUCUUGUUAUUCCUAAGCGUAAUUUUAAGCAAAGCAAAAGCGCCACUUCUAAAUAUUACUACAAUGGAAGCCAGUCUUUCAACACUUGUUCUUUCAGGGAAAUCUUAGCUCUGAACCAUCAGUGUUCAAUAAAAUAAAGGUAUUUAAAAUU